AUGGCUCUCCCUCGUCACUCUCUUCGAUUUUGCACUUGUGCUACCAACUUUAAGAACUUCACACCUUCUGGGACUCCUUUUAUUGACCGUCGCUUCUCUACUAGUUACUCAAGUUUAUUCAAUCAUCCUUAUUCACUCAAGAUGAACGGGCACGGGGAUCUAAACAAUUCCCACGCUGGGAGGACGGCAGUUGAGCUGACCCCAGACCCAGCCUUUGCUUGUCGAUCCCUCGCCAUUGACCCUUCCAAUGACCCCUCUGAAGUCCGAGAGAAAUACCGCCCAUUUAUUCUUGAAGACAAGCACAUAAAAGAUGAUUGGGUGGCAGAUUUGGAGCUGAGCACAGCUAUCCAAAUGGUUCAAUCCGAGAUUCUCGAUAAAGGCCUAGAUCGUCUGCGAAUGCUAGUCCUCUACGGUAGUCUACGGAGUCGAUCAUAUUCUCGCCUCCUCGCCUUCGAAGCCUCACGAAUUCUCCACCGUCUCGGUUGUGAUGUUCGAGUCUACGACCCAGCCGGCCUCCCUCAAAAAGACGAUCUUCAACACAACCACCCAAAGGUUCAAGAGCUUCGUGAGCUGAGUAAAUGGAGUGACGGCCACGUCUGGAUAAGUCCAGAACAACAUGGAAAUCUGACUGGCAUCUUCAAACAACAGAUCGACUGGAUCCCCCUCUCAACCGGCUCCGUCCGUCCAACCCAAGGUCGAACCCUCGCCAUCGCUCAAGUCAGCGGCGGCUCGCAAUCCUUCAACGCUGUCAACUCUUUACGUAUUCUUGGGCGUUGGAUGAGGAUGUUUACGAUCCCGAACCAGAGUUCUGUACCAAAGGCUUAUACGCAGUUUACGUCUGAGGAGGAAGGGAGUCGUAUGCUGCCGAGUGGAAAUCGCGAUCGCCUUAUCGAUUGUAUGGAGGAGCUUGUGAAGUAUACCAUUGUUAUGAGACCGCAUUUCGACCUGUUCGGGGAUCGGUUUAGUGAGAGGGAAGAGAAAAAGGCGAAGAAAGACGGAAAAUAG